AGUUUUCUCGCGCCAACCAUCGCGUCUGGAUACGAUAAUGAUAUUCGAAACUGAAGCUGGUUUGUUUGCUCAUUUUUGCGUUACGUGAAAAUUUGUAAAUUAAUGUUUUUAAUAUGGUGUUGUUGUGAUGUUGGCAUAAUAUGGUUUAAUUAUUGGUGUUUAGACACGUACUAAAUUGUGUUGUAUACUUUGUGAAGGGAGGCAUGGAAAGUUCCUACAAUCAGUGGAUUUUAUUUAUUUUUAGUUCGUUUAUUAUUGGCAUGAAGAGCUUGAAAGAAAUAGAAGUAAAAAUACCAAGUGCAGUUCAAGUGGGAGAAACUAUAACGCUCCAGUGUAACUACGAUUUAGAAGGAGAACCGUUAUACACAGUGAAGUGGUACAAAGGAACGAGAGAGUUUUAUCGGUUUAUUCCUAAGGAGUUGCCAAACACAAAAGUUUUUGCUUUGCCCGGGAUUGACGUGGACCUAAGUAAAAGCACACCAAACGAAGUUGUCCUGAGGAACGUCCAGUCGGAAGUAACGGGACGAUACAAGUGCGAAGUUUCCUCGGACGCGCCCAAUUUCGACACUAAAUUUAAUUCGGGAUACAUGUAUGUCGUCGAUGCUCCCUUAGAUGACCCUUCAUUAUUAAUAGAAAAAAACUACGUGGAUAUCGGCGAUUUCAUUAGCGGAAAUUGCACAACGUUGCCAUCAUAUCCGGCAACAAAUGUUAGUUGGUAUUUGAAUGGAAUAAGGAUACCAGAGAGUUUUUCGAGGAAAUUAGAAGUUGAACCCGAAUUCCUGUCGAGUAGACGAAAACACUACGUUAUGAUAUCGGGAGUCGAAUUACAAAUAAUGGAGAGCACGUUUCAGGAAGGAAAAGCAGCUCUGAGCUGUGUAGCAUCCCUUUUCAACAUAUACCGAGGGGAAAGAAAAGCGAUUUUGGAAGAAGCUAAACCAAGACCGAAGCCGUCUUCAGUAUUAAGUCCGAGAGACGACAGAUCAGAAAGUCAAAGACUGGAAAUACCCAGCUUACAAAUAUUAAUAAUCGUCCUUCUACUCAUGCACGUGCACAGAUAAAGCUAAGGAUUUUUUACAUUUAUGUAUUUAACUAAUUUUAAAAAGGUGAAUUAACAGGGAUUGGUCUAUUGUGGAUUUCGAUGCCACUUGGGUCACAUCAAAGACUGUAAACUGUAUAAAAAAUGUAUUUGCUGCAACUUGGAUAACAUAAGUUUAGUCUAAUAUAUUGUAGGUAUCAAUGGUUACAAAAUUAUCAGGUUUGUACUAUUUUUUAUUGUACACAACAUUAGAAAGUUUAUUUAUAAUUGGCAGAUGAAUUAAAUCACUAUUUCCAAGUAUAAUUACUAAAAUCAAUGAUUAUUUAAAUAAAAAUGUACAGUAUAUGAUGGUAGAAUUAAUUGGAAAGAAAUGACUUUUUAAUUUUUUGUAAGUUUAAACUUGUGUAUGCUUUUGCUCCGACAUAAAGUAAAUACAGAGAAAAUUUUCUUUUUCGAAUGCGCCCUGUACAUACAUCCAACUUAAUGUUUGUGGGCGGGUUAGCGCUGGCAAUUUCCGAAGAGUGCGCGUACGGAUUAUCAGUAAACAUAGAGCAGUGGCUGAACGAGCAACGCGUGUUCAUGGUCGAGGCGUUUUUCAAAUCGAACGAUUCCGAAUAUCGUAACGGUUACAAAAAUGCCGCCGUGACAGGAAUAGUUCGAUUUGAAAAAUGCACGUUGCUCGUUCGACCACUGCUCCAUAUUCACUGAUAAUCCGCACGCGUGCGCCGCAAAUUGCCAGCGCUAACCCCUCCACAAAUAUUGGGUUGGAUACUGGGCGCGUUCGAAAAGGGCAAUUUACUCCGAGUCUCUCUGUAUAAGAAAAAUGCAACCUUGAAGUACUAACAUUUCUAAAACAUAAUCAAAAGUAGAUCAAAACGUGUAUAAUAAGUAUUUUAUUUCAACGCAUAUCCUUUUGAUUCAACCUACAUAAGUUAGUAUUAAUUUUUUAAUACAAGUAUUUCAAAAGGUUUUGUUCCCAAUCACAAAAAGUUUUUAAAGAAUAGUACAAUUUAGUUUUGAUUAUUGUUUAUCAACCACAAAUUGUUUCCAAAUGGUUCUAGGACUAUUUCUGAUUGAAACCAAAACUCUAGCGUCAAUCUGUGAAGAACCAGAAGAAAUAAUUCCAUGUAAAAGAUGUAUUUAAUAUUAAAUAUUUUAAGAUGUUAAUAGCAGAUGUGAAAGAAUUUACAAUUGAUACAAAAAACAAUAAGUUGGCUGGACUUUAUAUGUUUAAUCAGAAAGUUUCAGGUUUGCAUGAAAACUUAAAUUAGAAAUCAGUUCCAAACCGAGGCGCGCAGUGCUUAUCUUUGAACUUCAAAUACGGAUUUAUCUAAAGGAUCCAUCUUGUAAUAAAUGUCGACAAUCUUAUAAGAACAGAACUUUAUAGUUAAUCUUUAGCAAUAGAAAGUUAAGGCACAUGUAUAUGGAACAUUUUGCGAAGUAGUAAACAGAGCGAUUAUCAACAGAAAUUAAAAAAAGUAGAUAAUUAUUAGACAAGACUGACUGACAUAAACUAAUCAAAUAUGGAUUUAAAACAUAUAAAAUACAAAACACAAAAUAAUAUUGAGAUGUUUGCAGCAUUUCUGGUACAUCAAAUUUUAGCAAAGAUCAAUAUCGUUAUUUGUGGACUUCCCACUAAAAGCUAGUCGAAACAUAACAUUUAUUUUUAUCUAUCUAUAUCCAGAAUAUAAAUAGGUUUUUUUAUGUAAAUAUGAAAUUUUAGUAGUUGUUGCUGUAUAACUAAAAAUGCAGGGUCUGUAAAUUUUAACUAACUGCUUCUACCAGUCUAAAUUUUAUGAAAAGUGUACAGAAGUUAUAAUAGGGUCAUGCCUAAGUUAUACUUACUUUUAUUUCGUGUAGAAAAUUGAUUAGUAUCAAAUUUUUAAUUGGCAGGUUUUUGGAAAUCCUACGUGACUUCUAGAGUUUAAGCAGCACCCUUAUUAGUAAAACAGUAAUUCUGCUCUGGAACACCUGUCUGACUGAAUUAACAGAUUCUAUCAAUUUUUCAAUUAUUUCAGAAAUUCCUCUGGAACAUUUCAAGGAACGAUUCUGCUCCAACUAUACCUCAUAAUUUUCGAGAUAUUGUGAUUGUCUUCUCGUCGGAUUGCUUCUCCUUAUUGGUUCUUCUUCUGUUCAACUUCUGCAGAUUCUAUGGUGUUCUUCUCGAUUGUUCUGGAGUCUGGAGUCAAUGAUAACUCCUAACUAUUUGAUCAAGACGGAUGGAGCAUGUCUCGAUCCAAAUACAUGAACAUGUAAGGAAUUGUCUUUAUAAUCAAAUACUAAUUUCCAACAUUUUUCCAGACCUGGUUUUAUUAUUCAUUCAAGAUCCGUAUGCUUGAAAGAAUACUUCACCUUAAUAUGGAUGAACUGUCGAUUGUCAAUGGCUUUUCUAUAUUUUCUUUUGAAUGAGUUGGUUGAUUUUCUAAUUCUAGACAAGAAUUUGCUACAAUCAAUUCCAUUUCUAUUCAGCUUUAACGUAAUGCGGCCAAUUUCACAAAUUUCUCUAUUAAAAAACUUUCCCAAUCACUUUGUCGGAGGUCAUCAGUUGCUAAUUAAAUAAGCUGUUUAAGACCUACAAGUUUGCAUUUCGUUAUUAAUUUAUUUUUGACAGAACAGAUGAGAAAACAUUAUGUAACUUAUCACAAAAAAACUUGAAUGUACCUACCUUCAAAAUCAUUCAGACAAUAACAUAUUUUUUCUUUAAUUAAUCAUAAUUUUCACAUUGUUUUGUAUAAUUAUUAGUAUAUUAAACCAAUUAAUGGCUCGCAUAGGGUCAGUCCAACUUUUUCUAUGCCUACAGAAUUUUUAUUUGAGAAUAGAUUUUUUAAGAAACCUGAUGUAUGCAAUCUUCAUAAUUUUGUACAUAAAUGUUAUCAAUUUUAUUUGAUAUUUAUUUUUAUCUUAGACUAGUACGAUGUUAAUAAAAAAUUGUAAGGC